GUACGACGUCGUUUUCGAUGGCUAAAACCCUCCGCCAAAACCACCCCCAUAGCUUCCUUGCUGAGAUCUCUGUGAAGAAGAAGAAGAAGAAGAAGAAUGGGUGGUAAAGGCCCUCAGCUCUUUGCCCACAAACCGAAAAAAUCGAAGCUGAAGGCAUUUGUGGCUCCUCCUCCUCCGCCGCCGCCGCCUCCUCUACCACCGGAUUCGAAGGGGUUCUCCCGCAGCCGCUAUUGGGUUCUCGUACCACUCGUGUUGGCCCUCAAUUUCUCCAUUGGAGCCUAUGUUCUUGUGAAGACUACGUUAAGAGAUAAGAGAAUAUCAGAAGAGGAAAUACCCGAGGAACUUACUAGUUCUACAUCUACAUCUACAACGUAAGUUGUGCAAAUGGAUGCUAGAGGUGAAGAAGAAGGUGAAGCCUAUAGACCCUAGAGAUGCUGAAGAGAAAGUGCAUUCAUGAGGAGAAAGCCAUUCUGAAAUACUACUUCAUAUCAAAGAUCUCACGAAGACCGUUGAGUAGAUUUUCUAUUCACCAAUAAUCUCAUUGGUGGUGUUUACAUUUUGCAAUUUUGAAGUGAUACUUUGUUAUAUUGAGAUUGAUCUAAUAUUGUUUAGAUUCAUCUGUGGAAUGCCAUGGAUAAAAUUAAGAAACAAUCUUUAAUAUAGUUUUGACAUUUUUUUUUUGGUGGUA